AUGAUAGAAGAGCAUCCACCACCUUCUGCUUAUCUCGCAGACGAUGUUUGGUAUGAAGUUUUCCGAUUACUUCACGCGGAAGUGGGAGAUCAUCUUCGGAAUUGUUUAUUAGUCAACUCUCAAUUCUUUAGAAACGCGGUACCUUUUUUUUGGAAGGAGGUUCAAAUAUUAUACUUUGAACAGUUACAAAAAUUCGUCAACGUACUUACUUUACAAAACCAAACAUUGCCAUAUGCAAGUUAUAUAAGAAAUUUACAUAUAAUUGCUAGAACGAAUAGAAUUUCUUCGAGAUCUCGUUCCUUCGACUUUGCAAGCUUAUUGCUUAAGCUUUCUCGUAUCAAUGCAUCAUGGAAAUUAGUAUCAUUUACUUUAGAAUUGGACUGGCGCGAUUGUCAUGAAGGUUUAACUUCGACCGAUUAUUUCAUAAAAUUCGGAGAUAGUUUGGAACAAAUAGAAUUACAUGGAUCAUCACCUUUUUUGAGUGAUGCUUUGUCUUUUUCCAUUGGGCAAUAUUGCUCAAAUCUUAAGAAACUUACGCUUGAAUCAAGAUAUUUUCACGGGUAUGGUAUUAUGAAUAUUGCUGAAAGAUGUGCUCUCACUGAACUAACUCUAUGGUGUCGACAAGUGACAAGUACCACAGUUAUUGGAAUGAGCGCGAAGACGUUACAAGCUUUGACAAUCAAAAACUGCGAUUUGGAUGAUAGGCCAUUAUUAAAGACCAUUGAUUUAUUAAAGAACGAUCAAAUAAAUGGUUGCAAUAUUCCAUUUCUUCCGAAAUUAAAAUCAUUUUCUUAUGUGCAAUCAUGCACAUUUCAUUCUGGCAAUAGGUUUACAUCUACUGGAUUAAUCCGACUUUUGGAUGUUUUUCCUAACCUUACAGAUCUUACUAUAAUAACCUCUAAUUUAUCAUCAAUUGUAAACGAUGCGUCGAUCAAAAACAUAAUUCAUAAAUUAGAAAAAUUAGAAGAUGUUAGUAUACACAAUCCUUAUAGUGAUCAACUACCAUUCCAUCAUUUGGAUCAUUUUGAUUUGACUCUUGAAGGACUAACAACUGCCGUAGCAAAAUGUCCUCAAGUAAGACUUAGA